ACAGUGUCACGGACACUCGUAAUCAAAAUGAAAUAAUAUUUAAAUUGAUUUCCAAUUAUAACAGUACUUCAUUCAGCAGGACAAUCAGACAAAAUGUUCUUAUUUUUCAGUUGUUAACAGAUAUAUAAGAUCCAGCCACUAUGCCAAAACAGCCUGUGCCGGCGCCGCCCCCACCCGUCUGUAGAGAGUCUCUGGGCUUGUCCCCCGCAGUGCUCGCCAAGCGGGAUAUCAUUAAGCAAACCCUUUGGUGUCCAAAUCCGUCUAACAUUGAGUAUGACCGAUACUCAGAUCCAACUUGCCCAAAAACAAUACAUUACAGUCACGUCGUGAAAGCUGAUGAAGUUAUCCGUGAGAUUAUUAAUACUACUCCACUGAUGAAAUCAAAAACAUGUGAAAAGUUUGGCAUGGAAUUAUACUUCAAGCUAGAAACCGUCCACUUUACUGGAACUUUCCACGAGCGAGCAGCAAUAUAUGCUUUAUUAAUGUUAACUCCAGAACAGAAGAGAGGUGGUGUCUACACAGCAUCCGUGGGCAAUUGGGCCCAGUCUCUGGCACAUCAAGGGCAACUACUGGAUAUCCCAGUGACGGUGGUGCUCCCCUCGUGGACUGCUAACUCCAUUGUCGCCCAUUGUCAGGAAUAUGGCGCCACUGUCGUGCUCUGUGGUAAAACCAUACUCGAGGCCAAAAAACGCGCUUUUAAGAUGAUACACGACCAAGGUCGUAUUGGAACUUACAUAAAUGGAUAUGACCAUCCUAAUGUAAUAGCCGGCGCUGGUUCUAUCGGUAUUGAAAUAUUGGAACAAUUGCCCGACACUGACGCAAUCCUCAUCCCUAUCGGCGGCGGGGGACUGAUUGCGGGCGUGGCCACUUUUGUCAAGCACGUUAAACCAAACAUUCUGAUAUACGGCGUAGAGACCGGUAAAAGCUGCAGUUUUGCAAAAGCUAUUGAUUACAAGAGCCCCUACCUAAUUGAACCCGAAAGGGGUUUAGCUGAAUCAUUGACCGUCCCUAAAGCUGGUGAAAAUGCUUUUCAUACGGCGAGGUCACUUAUCGAUAAACUGAUAUUAGUCCACGACGACUGGACUGCGCGAGCAAUUUUACAUCUCAUGGAAGAAGAAAAGGUAAUUGCAGAAGGAGCAGGUGCUAUCAGUUUAGGAGCACUCAUGUCGAUGCCAGAUAUACUUCCAGAGUUAAAGGGCAAAAAAGUGGUGUGUAUCGUGUCUGGAGGUAACAUGGACAUAUGGCCUUUACAACGGGCUAUUGCUCAUGGGAAGGCAGUUGAAGGUCGAUGUAUCGCGAUAACCAUGCGGCUGAUGCCUGGAAUGGAAAAUUUACGAAACAAAAUUUUAAGAGUAAUUCAAAACAUGAAAUGCAAUGUAAAAUUUUGUGAAACUCAAAGGAAUUGGCUUGACGAAGAUAAAAUACUUGAUACAGACUUGACAGUCUUGGUUGAAACGACGACCCAGAAGCGAGCUCGUACACUAAAAAAUGUAAUAGAGAAGCUUUUUCCGGAUACCUGCGAGUUUCAAGAUGCCUUCAAACCAAAAAUAAUAUGUUCAUGCUUUCCAAAGCCCAUUUAUUAAAUAAUGAAAUACCUACUUUUAAAAGAAAUAGGUAUAUUUUUCUAGUCUCAUCACUCAUGUUAAAAAUAGCCAACUGCAACAGGUUUAUUAGUGGGAGCCUCCGUGUGUAUUUCAGUAUUAAAGUUUCCCUACAAAAGGUAAAAAUAGGGUAUUAUUUUAGUAAGAUAUUUAUUUAGUAAAAAUGUAUCCCCCGAAAUAAAUUAUGUUGCUAUUGA